UCGCUGUGGUGUCUCCCGCUACCCUUCCGCCUGCUGCCCCUCCUUCCCGCCUCCCGCAAAAUGGCGGCGAGCGCGGCACGGGCUGGGGGUGGUUGAGGGCAGCAGAUUAGUUCUUUUGGAGAGUAAGCACUUGGAGAGGAAAAUGACAUCGAUUAUCAAGUUGACUACGCUGUCGGGGGUGCAGGAGGAAUCUGCCCUUUGCUAUCUGUUGCAAGUAGAUGAGUUUCGUUUUCUUUUGGACUGUGGCUGGGAUGAAAACUUUUCUAUGGAUAUUAUUGAUUCUCUGAGGAAGCAUGUACACCAGGUUGAUGCUGUUCUUCUUUCCCACCCGGAUCCUCUACACCUUGGUGCACUUCCUUAUGCAGUUGGAAAAAUGGGAUUGAAUUGUGCCAUUUAUGCAACUAUUCCUGUAUAUAAAAUGGGACAGAUGUUUAUGUAUGAUCUCUACCAGUCCCGUCAUAAUACUGAAGAUUUUACACUCUUUACAUUGGAUGAUGUAGAUGCGGCCUUUGAUAAGAUACAACAGCUGAAGUUUUCUCAGAUUGUGAACUUGAAAGGCAAAGGACAUGGUUUGUCAAUCACACCAUUGCCAGCUGGUCACAUGAUAGGAGGCACAAUUUGGAAGAUUGUCAAGGAUGGGGAGGAAGAAAUUGUUUAUGCCGUUGAUUUCAACCACAAGAGGGAGAUCCAUCUGAAUGGAUGUUCCUUGGAAAUGUUGAGCAGGCCUUCAUUGCUUAUUACAGAUUCAUUUAAUGCUACUUAUGUACAACCCAGGAGGAAGCAAAGGGAUGAACAGCUGCUGACUAAUGUUUUGGAGACAUUACGAGGUGAUGGAAAUGUAUUAAUAGCAGUGGAUACAGCGGGCAGAGUUCUGGAGCUUGCUCAGCUUCUUGAUCAGAUCUGGAGAACAAAAGAUGCAGGAUUAGGAGUCUACUCUCUUGCUCUUUUGAAUAACGUCAGCUACAAUGUGGUGGAGUUCUCUAAAUCUCAGGUUGAAUGGAUGAGUGACAAGUUGAUGAGGUGCUUUGAAGACAAAAGAAAUAACCCUUUUCAGUUCCGCCAUCUCUCCUUAUGUCACAGUCUGUCUGAUCUGGCUCGAGUGCCUAGUCCAAAAGUUGUUCUUGCCAGUCAGCCUGACUUGGAGUGUGGGUUUUCUAGAGAUCUUUUCAUUCAAUGGUGCCAGGAUUCCAAAAACUCUAUAAUUUUAACUUACCGCACUACACCUGGAACAUUAGCACGAUUCCUGAUUGAUAAUCCUUCUGAAAAAGUUAUAGAUAUUGAGUUGAGAAAACGUGUCAAGUUGGAAGGAAAAGAACUUGAAGAAUACCUAGAAAAGGAGAAACUAAAGAAAGAAGCAGCUAAGAAGUUAGAGCAGUCUAAAGAGGCAGAUAUCGAUUCCAGUGAUGAGAGUGAUGCUGAAGAGGAUAUUGAUCAGCCAACUUUACAUAAGACCAAACAUGAUUUGAUGAUGAAAGGUGAAGGUAGCCGGAAAGGAAGUUUCUUCAAACAGGCAAAAAAAUCUUACCCAAUGUUUCCAGCUCCUGAAGAAAGAAUUAAAUGGGAUGAAUAUGGUGAAAUUAUCAAACCUGAGGAUUUUCUAGUUCCAGAACUUCAAGCAACAGAAGAAGAAAAAAGCAAAUUAGAGUCUGGUUUGACAAAUGGAGAGGAGCCUAUGGACCAGGAUUUAUCAGAUGUUCCUACCAAAUGUAUUUCUGCAACAGAAUCUAUGGAAAUUAAAGCCAGAGUUACAUACAUUGACUAUGAAGGACGUUCAGAUGGGGACUCAAUUAAAAAAAUUAUUAACCAAAUGAAACCAAGACAACUGGUCAUUGUCCAUGGACCGCCUGAGGCCAGUCAGGACCUUGCAGAAUGUUGCAGAGCUUUUGGUGGAAAAGAUAUUAAAGUUUACAUGCCCAAACUUCAUGAAACUGUAGAUGCUACAAGUGAAACUCAUAUUUACCAGGUCAGGUUGAAAGAUUCUCUUGUCAGCUCUCUUCAGUUCUGUAAAGCCAAGGAUGCCGAGUUGGCUUGGAUAGAUGGUGUUCUGGACAUGAGGGUUUCAAAAGUGGAUACUGGAGUUAUUCUGGAAGAGGGAGAGUUGAGGGAAGACGAAGACUUAGAGAUGCAAGUGGACGUGCCUUCUUCAGACUCAAGUGUGAUUGCACAACAGAAGGCCAUGAAAAGCCUCUUUGGUGAUGAUGACAAGGAGAUGUGUGAGGAGAGUGAGAUCAUUCCUACUUUGGAACCUCUGCCACCUCAUGAGGUUCUUGGACAUCAGUCUGUGUUUAUGAAUGAGCCAAGACUGUCUGACUUCAAGCAGGUUCUCUUGCGAGAAGGUAUACAAGCUGAAUUUGUAGGAGGAGUGCUUGUGUGCAACAACCUGGUGGCUGUCCGCAGGACUGAAACAGGGCGCAUUGGAUUGGAAGGCUGCCUCUGCCAGGACUUCUAUAGGAUAAGAGACCUUUUAUAUGAACAAUACGCUAUUGUCUAAGGAAAGUGCUGCAAAGGUGUUUUCACUUGAACUUUUACAGACAAUGGAGGUUUCUCCCAGUUCUGACUUUUUGUAGUUUUCUAAUUUAUACAGGGAAAUCUAAUUCAUAAAGAAAAAUUAGCUGCCAUGAACAUGUAAGUAACUGCUAUUGUUGUUCAUAAAUCUAUUGGUACAUUCCAUGUAGUUGACUCUUAAACUGUUACAACUUGGCAUCUCCCACAUAACACAUUUUAAAUGAAUCUAUGAACACUUCUCAGGAAAGGUUCAAUUUGUGAGGGCAUGUUUUGGUUUCACAGAUUUCCUGCCAAAGAGUACAAAAUAUGUAAAAGUCAUUUUUUCUGUUCUAAAAUAAGAUGGGAUAAAGAACUUUGGUUUCUUUGGUUUUCUUCAUUUUGGUUUCUGUGUGGUUGUUUUUGGUUUCGGUUGUUUGGGGGUUUUUUUAGUAAGUUUGAUUUGGGAAACAGUCUCAAAUAUUUUCAUCUUCUGUUUUUAAUUUGAGGUUAGUUGAAGUACAUUAUUAACAGCACACUUAAAGCUAGACUACCUAAAGUUUCCCCAGUGUUAAUCUGGCUGCAUCUUAAUGCUGUAUCUGUUCCAUCUUACUGAUUUGUUCUGAAACAGCAUUUCAUAUUCUAUAUGAAAGUAUUAAUCUGCAAGAUAAAAAAAUUACUUGGGCAAUUACUCUAGGAAGAUUGGAUGAUAUUUUCAGGCAGUUUAAAAUGCAGUAAUUGUGCUUCAAAGUAACUUCUGCACAAACUUACAGAAUUUGUAACUCCUAGCUCUUGCAAAAUUAUGCCAAUUGUAAAACAUUUUCCAAGUUCUGAUUUUAAUACUUUUCAAAGUCUAAAGCCUUUAUCCAUGCACUGCUGUUUGUUCAGAGUCCCAUGACCCAAGUUCAAGAAGAUCUUUUCUCUUGAAAUCUGCAUUCAUGUGAUGUAUUUAAUAAUUUUGUGCCAUGUUCUGUUCUAGUUGACAGUGAGACUUAUUGUAGCUGCUGAUGCUAGGAAUUGACCUUCCUUUUUAGGUGAGGAUAAGCACAGUUUUGAGUUCAUUAAUUUCUCAGAAAUUAACUUAUGAAAACAAAUGGCCUCUUGAGUUUGUUUAAUCCUUUUCUUCCCUGUCCAUGUGUGAAACACCAGCUUUGGCAGUGGAGGGUUGUUUGCUUUUUUAUAUCAAACAGCAAUGUAAUAUAUGCUCUUUGUGUGUAUGCUUAAAUAAAACCUUUUGAAAAAGUGGCAAAAAAUAGCCCUGUGGGCUAUCAAUGGAAAGCUAAUUAACUUUGUCAUUCAUUCUCAACAAAAAUUUUCUAUCUGAUCUACAGACUAUUCUGUUUAAAAUAGUAACUUAUAAGUGAAGACUGUGUUAAACAUCUGGUAGAACUAUAUACUAGAAAUGUAAAAAACUUGAAAAUGUAAUGUGGAGUGAGAAUGUAUUUUCUUACACAAAGAAAAGCUAAGGAUAACUAGAUGGCUCAGUUUUCUGGGUUUUUUUCUUAACAGUCUAGAAAAAUGUGUAUUUCCCUUAUAUUGGCAACCAGAACCUCUUAGAAAUGCUCUCAUUUUGUAGCAAUGCUAUGUAAAUCUAUAUGAUGCUGAACACUUGUUGCUGAAUACUAUUGUAUUACUAUUGUUGCUGAUACUAGUGAACUUUUAUAAAGUGAGUUACUUUGUACAUAAUCAUAUUGGCCUAGGACUUUUACCUUGAGGGCUUAGGAUGGGAUUACAUACACCUGCAUGGAAUAUACUAAUAAAGAAAAAACCCCUUAGGAAGUAAAAAAUAGUGCUGUUUUUAAGAAAAAGAUAAAGACAACACAGUGUGAUCAUAAACCUUUCUAUCAGUUUUAUUUGUUUUUCUAACCUACUGAUACAAAUCCAGCUAAGGUCAACAAAAUUUUAGUGUUAUCAGUCACUAAAUUCUAGUGUGUGCUGACAGAGACCCCCAAAUUAGUGCUAUCACUGAGGAAAAGUCUCAAGUAUAAGCAAAACAGCUAACUGCUUAUUUUAGUCUAUUCAGCAUAAGGGUGGCUGAAGUGUGAAAUCACACCUAGGAAGCUGGCAUGCAAGGUGACAGUAGUCAGCUGAGUGCUGGGACUGGAGUUCUGGACAUCUGUAGAAAAUGCAUCACAGGCUGUACUGGUGCUGUGGGGCAGGUGUGCUCCUCAGUUGUGCAUGCAGUGCUUGUAAGCAGUGUGCAGCUGAAGCCAAUGCCCAUUAAUUUUGCCUAUUCUGCUGUCAGUUCCCUGAUACGUUCUUAACUAUGAUUUGCUUUAGACAGUAAUUGAACUUCUCUGUAUAAUUUUCAGAGUUACUAGUCAGGUUCUUGUUUGUAUUUGAACUAAAAGAUUAAUUUCUGCUUACCUUCACAAAAUGUCAGUGCUGCCACGAUCUGUAAGUUGUAUUUUCUGACUUCUGUGUUUUCUUCAUUAACAGUAAAAAUGUGACAAGGAGUACCAUUUCUUAUUCGCUAAUCUGUUGCCCUUGAGGGUAAGAACAUUACCGUCAAACCUAGUUUUGGUGUUCACCAGUUAAAAAUAUUUCCUUCCAAGGCUCCUGGAUAGUUCAAAUUCCUCAGAUAAGAAGAGCCAAGGGUAUGUGGAGACACAGGAAGGGUGGAAACUUGCCGCCUUCCAUCCCCAAAGUCUGUAGUACUUGUGGGUAAAUCCUAGCUCUUGUAGUCUCUUCUUCCUGUACCUCUGUAGUAGAAUGUGAAGACAUGUUUUGAAAGAUUAAGGGAAUGCAGAAGCAGAAUUCUAAUGAUAAAAAAAUAAUUCUAGCAUUAAUUAUUAUGCUGUUCCUAUUAUCAAAACAUAGCUUAAUUUAUAACCCUGAGUUAAAUAACAUUGUUUGUGACAGUUUAAUUUUUAAUCAUUUUACUUCGACAAUAUGAAGUGAAGGUGAAGUGAAGCUGAAAAUCUUCUCCAUCCUUCAACAAUAUUUAGACUUAACCAGAUCCACUUCUUAAAAUAUGCUCUAAAUGGAAAGGUAGGGUGCCCAGCAUUCUGUCAGAGUUAAUAGUCUUGUGACAGCAUUUGAGAUCUGCUUGCUGCUACAACUUGCUUGGAAAUAUAGGGAUUUUCCCAUAUAUCUGCUUGCUUUUAAUUGGGGUCAAAUGCUAUUCAUUAGGAAUUAACAAGCAGAGACAGCCUUCCUCCCCACCCUCCAAUCUAAAUAAUUUUUAUAGAUGGUCGUACUCUAAACCACUUGUUUUGUACAGAAUCAAGAUUUCUUUGAUAAGGCAUGACAUGUAUUAAUACUACAGGUAGGAAGGGGGAGUGUUUUGCCUGGGGUAAACACUUAAACAUGGUUCUGGGCAGGACAGGGUUAAUUUUUUGCAGCAGCCAGGAAGGGCGUGGCCAGGACCCAGAGGUUAUUCUGUGCCACCUCAGGUCAUUUUCCAAGAAUGGGGAAGGGGUGGCUUCCUGCUCGGGUAUUGUUGGGCUCCCUUUGGUGUAGGGGUGAGCAUUUGCAUGGGAAUCGUUCACUUCCCUCAUACACUUUUGUUACUGGCAUUGUUGCUAUUACUGUUCAUUUUCUUAUUUCAUUGCUGUUUCUGGUAAAUUGUUCUUAUCUUAACCCAUGA